AUGGAAGAAGAGUUUUAUACACCAAGGGCUCUGCGAACAUACAAAGAUAUAGUUGAUUAUUCUUUCCAUACUCCGCUUCAAAGACUUGGAGAUAAACCAGUUGCUAUUGAACAAUUGGAUUCCAGAAGUAAUUGCCUUAGCAAUACCACCAAUCUUCCGGUGCUUGAAAGUCUUCCAACAAAUCAAGCGAAUGAGCAUACAUAUCAAGUUAAUUGGCUGGAAGCUAACUCACUAUUAGGAGAUCGCAUUAAGCAUUUGAGCCAAUCAAAUCAAGAUAAUAAUAAUGUUACGGGGGGAAUAUUUUCCAGCACCCAACAAAGUGAGCCAAUAUACUACAAGCCUCCGUCCAAUAGGGAUGUCCAGUUGGGUGUGAAAGAGUUCCUCCCACCAAACUAUUCUUCUAGUGAUCAGUUCAACAAAGUACCACUUUUUGUCAAAUCAUACAGGAAGAGAAAUGGUACCAACAAUAAUGAAGUCAUGAGCAAGGCAGCUUUGAACGACGACGUAGAAUUGACUGACAAUGAAGAUGAAUCAUCAUCAAGUCAACCCACAGGUGACUAUAUAGCGCCCACAGUGAAAGAAGCGUUAAUGUCUCAGGUUGAUACUCAACGUCAAGUGAAAACAAUAGGGCUGACGAUUAUCUUUGCUCUCAUGACCAAACUUAGUGGUAAAGUCAUACAAGCCAUCACAGAAUACGAUCCAAAAAAUAUUUUGAUCUGCUUAUACAUUUUAAGUGCUUACCAAAUACUAUUAGCUGGAUACGAGUUGUUAUUUCGUUGUCGCAAAAGUACCACCUUUUCACUCAGUUAUAAACAACGACAGCUCUUGGGUCUUCCACUUGGGAAUAUCAAUGUUGAUGCUGACGUACAGGACUUUAAAGAUACUGCGGAGCUCAUGCCAAUUAAAAGCGACGACAAGACGAAAUCUAUGCCGAAAUAUAAGAAACUGCAGAUGCAAUAUUUAAAUCCUUCCAUAGGGCUGGGGACCACGUCUGGUUCAUCGAAAACUAUGCUAGCAACGACUAUAACUAGUGGAGCACCAGUGCCUCUGCAAAUUUUGAAAGAACACAGUAAGCAAUUCAAUCUACCUGUUCCUCAAAACAUCAAGACCCGUUUCAAUCUGAAGUUCAAAUUACUGUUUGAUCCAAAGAAUACAGAAUGA